AUGUACAUCAAAGUCGUGUCCCUUGAUUCCGCAUCAGCUACUAUUUCUCUCGAGAAUGGAACCCAGAUAAUAGGCGACGUUGUUAUUGGAGCAGACGGAGUGCACUCAAUAGCUAGGAAACAUACCCCAGGAGGCAACGUUAAACCGUUCGGCAGCGGCAAGAGCGCAUUUCGAUUUCUUGUCCCACGUCAGCUUGCCGCUGAAGACCACAAGACCGAGCAAUUUAAUCAGAACAACGGGGAGCUCAUCAUCUGGUACGGGGACGACCGUCGAGUUAUUAUGUAUCCGACGUCCAAUAACACCCUCCUGAAUUUCAUCUGUGUUCACCCGGAAGCAGAGAGUGCGGAUGAAUCGGGUGAAACUUGGGAUCAGACUGGGAAUCUUGCCAAGCUUCUCCAAGUGUAUGCGUCCUUCGACCCUGCUGUCUUGACGUUGCUGGGCAAGGCGGAUCCCCAAAGUAUCAGGGUUUGGAAACUCCUGGACAUGGAGGUUAUUCCCAGCUGGACGAACGAACGUUUGGCGCUCUUGGGGGAUGCCGCUCAUCCAUUCUUGCCACACCAAGGUCAGGGCGCAGGGGUUGCAAUCGAAGAUGCUGCAGCACUAUCAGUGGUUCUUCCGCUAGGUACAAAGCCAGACGAGAUUGCAGAGAGGCUGAAACUUUACGAAGAGAUUCGAAUGGAGAGAGCGAAUAAAAUCCAGGAAUUUUCUCGCCUCGCCGGCAAAGAUUUGGUGGAGGAGGCAAAGAUCGACAGUAAGUGUGCAGUCCUUCAGAUAAUCUCGUAA